UCUCAGCUCUACACUCAGCAAUUCACUUUCAUGAAAAAGACGUGAAUAAUAUAAAUUUAGUGUAAGAACCAGCCUGACUGAGACACAAUUUAACUUUGAAGCAAACAACCAACUGGUUACACUUUGAAUCCCUUAUAAUGGGAUAAUGUAACAUCAACUGAACCAAUGAAGUAAAGCGCCUUAAACAGAUUGUGCAGGAUGGUUAGAUUGUACAUGGUUUGAUCUGGGGGCUCAUAUAUUGGACUGUGUGUCAGAUGAUGUGUGAUGUUUCUUUCUGUGUUGAAGCUACCGACAAUCACUUAUCCAAAACUGAAACUCCCCGGCCUGUACUUCCACACAAAAAUGCAGACACAUUCAUUGGAGGCACAAGACAGAGGUAGGAGGGAUAAAACUGAGGGGAAGUGAAGAGGUCUUCCCCCACUGCCCAGUUGUUCCUCCCCCCUUCACUACCUGCACCCACCCACUCCAGCACAGAGUAUCUCUCGCACACUCUCAGAGGCUCAGACCUUCAGGGAAAUAAGAGAACAUGUUUCAAGCUCCUCUCGGCUGGACUUUUAAACAGUCAUACUGAAUAGACCCGUGCAGGAUUCUGGAAACACACAGUUUUUGUUGUGAAGCAGUGCAUCGGAUGAUCAUGUGACACAUACUUGUAUAUGCCCUGCUGAUGUUAAAGUAACCAGAGAGGAGAAGGAGGGAUAAGUAAGUGAAGAAGAGGGGUCAAACUCAUCAGGAAUUCUCAGAACAUAAGGAAGAAAGAUGAUGAUGUGAUGUGAAGCGUCUGAUCAUCAUGUGGGAACAAAGCUUUUGCUUCACGCAGCAGAGAAAGUUUAGUAAAGGGGCACCCAGACAAAGCCUGACAAAGGCCUACUGGACUUGACAGCAUCACAAAGAUAAUCCAACUGGUAGGUCAGGAGCAGGAGGAGGGAAAGAGGAUAUGUGUGAGUUGAGACAGACGAUGUAAGAUAAAGCAAAAGAUGAGAAGGAAGACAAUUAGACAAUCAAUUAGACUGAUGAAAGGAGCCCAAGAGACUGAAGGUGAGAAUUGAGAGGUCAAGCUUGAGAGUGAAAGGAGGCAGAGAUGAAAUAACAUACUCUACAAUCAGAAAACACAGAUCUCCGAGAGUAAAAGUCUGGGCAGGCAGUCACUGUUGACAAAGAGAUAAGCAGGAGUCGCGAUGUUCAUGAAUUUCCGUCGUAUCCACAAGGUCCAGUGCAUACAGCUGCUGACCACAGCCUUGGUACUGUGUAUGGUGAUGGUCUCCUGGGAGGAGCUGGACCACCAUGUGGUCAGCCACGUGAGAUCCUAUACGUACCGCUAUCUGGUCAACAGCUACGACUUUCUCAAUUCAUCUUUCAACAUCGCUUCCAAACAUCACCAUGGACAGAAUGGUACUGACAGUGUUGAUGGGAGAUUAGGGAGGUAUCCAUACCUCAUCAACCACCCAGGUAAAUGUAAAGGUGAUGGAAAAAGCUGGGAGGAUGUCCUCUUGCUUCUGUUUGUGAAAUCAUCACCAGAGAACUUUGAGCAGCGUCAGGCUAUCAGGAACACAUGGGGAAAUGAGAGUUUCCUUUUGUCAGAACUGAGCGCAAACGUGAAGGUGGUGUUUGCCCUCGGCAUGCACCCGAAUGUCAAGCGGAGAUCCAGGGUUCAGAUUGCACUGCAGCAAGAAGACCAAGCCUAUGGAGACCUGAUUCAACAGAACUUUGUGGACACUUUCCACAACCUGACUGCCAAACUGAUUCUGCAGUUCCAGUGGGGCCAUGAGUACUGUCCUCAAGCACGCUUCUUCAUGUCUGCGGACGAUGACAUCUUUAUUCACAUGCCGAAUUUGGUUAAGUACUUGAGGCAGCUCCUGAGUAGUCAGUCAGGGGCUACACAUUUAUGGGUGGGGCAUGUACAUAGAGGAUCCCCUCCAAACCGACGUAAAGACAGCAAGUAUUAUGUUCCCUAUGAUCUGUACCCCUGGCCUUCUUAUCCAGACUACACUGCUGGAGCAGGUUAUGUGGUUUCAGGGGAUGUGGCCGCUAAGAUCUACCAUGCAACUCUGGUUUUGAACUCCUCCAUGUACAUUGACGAUGUUUACAUGGGGAUUUGUGCCAAGGCAAUGGGGGUUUCUCCGAAGGAGCAUGUGCACUUUUCAGGAGAGGGCAAGGCUCCGAACCACUCCUGCAUCUAUGAUCACAUGAUCACAUCACACGGUCAUGCUACAGAUGUGCGCUCACUAUGGCAAGCAGCAGCAGAUGCUAAGGUGAACAGUAGAGGAUUUAUGGGUAAUCUGUACUGCACAGCAGUGAGAGCGAUGCUGCUGUGUCUGCCAUAUUACCAGAACACAUACUCCUGUAUGGCUGCUUUUACGUAAGUGGUCUUGAAGCUGAAUGCUAAAUGUGCUAAAGAAACAAAUGCGGGUACCUCAUGCAAACACCCUUCCCUCCCCCCUCGUUUUUUCACUGAUUGCUGGUUGUACUAUGUGUGUGCUCUUUUGUAAUAAAGAUCAAAGCUGUUCUGUUAAACAAACAUAAACCAAGUAGUUAUUCAAUCAUUAACAGAAUCGGGUUUCUCUUUAUUUAAGU